AACGCGCCCAGACAAGCCGGUAGGUGAGAUGGCGUGUUGCAGUCACAUUACUGUCUUCGUUGGACGAAUAGGAAGAAAUAUAUUGUAAAACGGAGUCUUGGAAAAAAAAAAAACAACAACUUAUUGACACGAAUUACAUUGACAGGCUGCACGGUAAAACUAUUUAAAAAGAGGACUGUACAAUUUAUCUGUCAUCACGAUGGCUCACAUUUGGACAACUUAAGAAGCAAAACAACGAUAUCUUUGCAAAGUGAUUGUCCAGUUAUAUUUAUUUGUAACCUAGGGCCCAGUGGUGUGAAGCAAAGGAGAAUUAGCCAACCAGUUCACUCAUAACCCUUCAGACGCUGGGCACAGCAGAGUACGAUGAAGUGCCACUAUGAAGUCUUGGGUGUCAAAAGGGACGUAACGGACGAAGAACUGAAAAAGGCCUAUAGGAAGUUAGCCUUGAAAUGGCACCCAGACAAAAAUCUUGAUAAUGCAGAAGAAGCAGCAGAGCAGUUUAAGCUUAUUCAGGCAGCUUAUGAUGUUCUCAGCGACCCCCAGGAGAAAGCAUGGUACGAUAAUCACCGGGAGGCUUUGUUGAAAGGAGGAGUAGGUGGAGAAUAUGAAGAUGAUAGUGUGGACCUCUUGCAGUUUUUCACAGUUACUUGUUAUUCAGGCUAUGGUGACGACAAAAAGGGAUUUUACACCGUGUACCGGAAUGUAUUUGAAACAAUAGUGAAGGAGGAACUAGAAAUCAGCUCUGAUAAGGAAGAUGAAGAAUUCCCAUCAUUUGGAGAUUCACAGAGUGACUAUGAUACGGUUGUUCACCCAUUUUAUGGCUAUUGGCAGAGUUUCUGCACCAAAAAAAAUUUUGCUUGGAAAGAAGAAUAUGAUACUAGGCAAGCUUCUAAUCGCUGGGAGAAGCGGGCAAUGGAGAAAGAGAACAAAAAAGUACGAGAGAAAGCACGAAAAGAGAGGAAUGAACUAAUCCGUCAGCUUGUGUCUUUUGUACGUAAACGAGAUAAACGUGUUCAAGCUCACAAGAAACUUGUUGAGGAGCAGAAUGCUGAAAAAGCCAAGAAAGUGGAAGAGAUACGUAGGCAACAAAAACUCAGUCAAGCCAGGCUUGCUGAAAAUUACAAAGAGCAAAGUUGGAUUGCCAUGUCUGAUUUAGAAAAAGAACUUCAGCAAAUGGAAGCUCAGUAUGAGCAAGAAUUUGAAGAUGGGUCUGAUGAAGAAGAUGUUGAAUUGCCUUUAGAAACAGAAACAGGAAUGGAUGAAGCACAGGAAAGCACAGAAUAUUACGAUGAGCUUUACUGCCCAGCCUGCGACAAAGCAUUUAAAACGGACAAAGCAAUGAAGAAUCAUGAGAAAUCAAAGAAACAUAGAGAAAUGGUGGUGUUAUUGAGGCAGCAGCUGGAAGAAGAGGAAGAGGUGCUUAGUCAGAAUACUAAUGAACUGGAGGUGGAGGAGGAAGAAGAAGAAGAAGAGGAGGAGGAGGAAGAGGAAGAACAACCUAAGGAAAUGUCAUCCAAAAAAUUGUCCAAAAAGCAGAAGAAAAAGAAGCGACAGCAGAAGGCUAACACGAGUGUUGCAGAGGAUUUCCCUAAGAAGACAUCAGAAGAAGAGUUGAUUCAAUUUGCAAAUACAGAAGAUACCCCUCCAAAAGAUCCACAAGAAACAGGAAAUGAUGACGAUAAGUCAUCUGAAAAAGCUGCCACAGAUAUGUCGGAGACUCCUUCCUCUAAGGUUCCUGCUAAAAGUUCAUCUAAAGCCAAGGAAAAGAAAGGAAAAGAAUCUAAGAAACUUGGCAAAACACAAGCAACAGCUGAUCACCAGGAGAGAGAGCCUGUGCUGCGUUGUGUUACUUGUGAGUAUGAAUUUACUUCAAGGAAUAAACUAUUUGACCAUCUGAAGACCACAGGACAUGCCACUGCCCUUCAUGCACCCUUCGCUUCAAGUGGUCCAACAUCAGGAAAAAUCAAAAAGGAGAAAAGGAAAAACAGAUAAUUUGUGCAGUGCAUAACAUGAACAGCGUAGUUUUUUAAAAAGUACUGUACAUAUGGAUCUUCCUGCAAGGACAUUGUAAGCAAAAGAUGCCUGGAAGACCUCCUGCUAAUUUAUACAGUAUCAAUAUUAUCAGGUAUUGGGAAUUGGUCUGAACAGCCCUUUAUGUACCAUAUAGUGUGCGUGUGUGUACAUAUACAUAUAUAAAAAUUGUUCUGGUCAAUUGAUUUGAUGAUUCACGGUCUAGAAACACAAUUUAUGUGUAGCAAGAACUGAAAAAAUGCAAGAAGACAGCAUUAUUAUUUUUUUAUUGGAACAUUUUUUUUCCUGUCAGUUGUAAUAUCUAAAUUCAACAGAUAUAUUUAAGAAAAGGCCUGGUUUAUUUUAGAAACGAUUUUCCAAAAACAACAGAUAAUAAGUGUUUAAUUUUGUAACUUUAAACAACCUCGUUUCUUUCCUUUACAGCUCAAAGCUUACCAAAUAAUUCUGCUGCCUAAUCGUCUCACUGGGUCGCCACUCAUGGGUGUGGCAUCCAUCAGCAAGGUUGCUACAUGUCUUUUAUGUUUAGAGUCCUUCGCGUCUAUGUAUGCCAAGUGCUCCUCUGAAUAUUUCGCACAACACUGGACAAAACAUUUGUUCAAAACUUUUAGUUCCUGAAAGGCUUUUGGUGACUAUGAUGGACAGCGUCAAAAAAUUUCAGACUGACUGCAUCAUGUAGAAAUUUGGAGAAACAUGAUGUUUACUUUUAUUAAAUUUUGAGUGUUUAAUCGGUUAAUAAUCAUGACACAUUGCAGUGUUCAGCUGAGCGAAAAAUGUUUUGCUGCUCAUUUCUGCUUGUGCUCAACAUCUCAUCCUUCUUGUUUCAGUGCCCAACAAUAGUUGGCCAGUACAAUGAUCCCUCACUAUAUCGCCCUUCGACUAUCGCGGCUUUACUCCUUCGUGGAUUUUAAAUGUAAGCAUAUCUAAAUAUAUAUCACAGAUUUUUUGCUGGUUUGCGGAUUUCUGCGGAC